AUGGCUUCCCAAAAACAAGAGACCGAGGGUCUGCACCAGUCCUUUGGACUUUGGAGCGCCAUUAGUCUGGGAUGGCUUACCCUCAACGUGUUUGGCGGCAUGUCAUUCAUCAUCUUCUUUGGUCUCUCCGCAGGCGGUAUUCCGGCGAUCCUUUACGGUUUCAUCGGCUCCUGUUUGGCCGUUAUAUGCAUCAUUCUCACAUUCGCACAGUGUGCUUCAAGAUUCUCUACUGCCGGCGGCGCCUAUCACUACGCGUGCUUCCUGGUCCCAGACAAGUAUAGACGUCAGAUAGCCUACCCCCUUGGCUGGCUCAACUGGCUUGGCUGGAUCUUCACGCAUGCUGGCUGCUGUGCGAUCGUUGCGAAUCUCACUCUGGGACUCGUGAAUCUCUGCCGCCCCGAUUUUGACGUGUCGACUCGAUGGCAGCUGUUCCUCGUCUAUUUGGCCAUUGUCGCCACGUGUUGGUUGAUCAAUCUGUGGGGUCUCAAGGGCAUCCCGACUUUGGAGAUACUCGGAUGCUACGUCACUGCAUUUGGAUUCAUCGCUUACACAAUUGCACUUCUGGUCAAGGCACCAAAGGCCAGCCCCAGCUUUGUCUUUGUGGAAACGCAUAAUUCGACGGGAUACUCAUCCACUUCCUUUGCCAUCUUACUUGGCUUGUUCAGCAGCUUCUCAACCCUGAUGGGUCUUGACGGCCCUGCCCACUUGGCAGAGGAGAUUCCGCAACCCAAGAGGCACCUCCCGCGGGUCAUGCUUAUUGUCAUCAUAUCACAGGCUGUCAUCGGCGUCGUGUGGAUUCUGGUUCUCGGCUUCUCCAUCACUGACAUGGAACUGGUUGUGCAGACCAAGACCGGAAUACCCGUCUUGGAGCUUAUUAGACUAGCAACAGGGAGUGAUGCCGCUGCAAUGGUAUUCUGCAUCACCCUACUCAUCAACAACGGUACCUCGGCCCUCGGGAGCGCUGUGACUAUGAGCCGACAAGGUUACGCUUUCGCCAGAGAUGGAGGUCUGAUCUGGAAUGCAAAGCUUACCGAGCUAAGUCCAGGAUCGCAUCUCCCCUUGUGGUCCAUCAAUUUGCCAUCCCUCAUUGUCGCUCUAGUUGGAGUCAUAUACUUGUUUUCAAACGCCGCCUUCAAUGCACUUGUCGGAGCCCAGGCUACGUGCAUGAUCAUCAGCUUUGGCUUCCCUGCACUGGUCCUUCUGGUUACCGAUGGGAAGUUAUUGCCAUCAAAUAGUCGCUGGAACUAUGGCAUCUUUACCAAGCCUAUCUAUGUGGUAUCUGUUGGUUAUAGCAUCUUGGUAGUUAUUGUCUCAGCCUUGCCGCAAUCCCACCCUGUGACAAGCUUGAACAUGAACUACACGGUUCUGGUCAUGGGAGGCUUUUCGAUCGUCAUGGGUUUGGCGUGGGUAACAGAGGGCCGCAAACUCUUUAAACCACCGGUCAACGAUGAGAACUUGGUCAGAACGAAUGAAGUUAUCGUUGGGGUGAAUGUGGAUCUGGAGGCUGAGGAGCAGGCAUCCAAGGGAGAAUAUGGCUCGGGAUCAAGUGGCUACGACAAGAAUCAGUCGCUCACUGUGACUGCAGAUUGA